CAAGGUGGGGCAAAAAACUUGAAUGUUUGUGACGGGGAAAAUGAGCAGGACCGCCUGAAAGUGCACUAAAUUUAGUCUGCUUCUCUUGUACCUAACCACUGCCUGCUUAGUUACUUCUGCCUGCGCAAUUUUACUUUUGAUUUAUUUAUUGCUUUGUAAUUUUAAAGCAGGAGAACCGGAACAGCGUAGAGCUGCAGAAAACAUUUUAUUUGAGGAAAAUAAUGUUGACAGGAGUCGCACCAUCGACCAUCCCUUUUGGUUUUACUCCGGGCUGCUGAACUUUCCGAUCACCUUCAGCAGCAUUUCACUCCUUCCUUAUCAGACAGCUGAAGUGCUGUUUGUGGGAAGCUUCAACCGGGUGUGAGAAGGACUUUAUAGGCUUGUUCUCCAAUGAACAAGGACGCCGAAAAAUAGCUGACACGACCUCAAAACACUUGAUUUUACCUGCAAACAGGUGAGGUACCAGCUCUGAUGGUAGCAGGGAGAACGCCUCACCUGUGAGAGGAUCCAAGAACCUCACCAUGACAGAGGUCCAGAGUCCGUGGCCGCAGGGCACAGAGUGCGUGGCGCGGUACAACUUCAAAGGCACAUCGGAGCAGGACCUGCCCUUCAACAAAGGAGACGUGUUGACCAUCAUCGUGGUCACAAAAGAUCCAAACUGGUACCAUGCUAAAAAUGCUGCGGGUCAAGAGGGAACAAUCCCAGCAAACUACGUCCAGAAAAGAGAAGGCGUGAAAUCCGGAGGCAAGCUGAGUCUAAUGCCAUGGUUCCACGGGAAGAUAACGCGAGACCAGGCCGAGCGGCUGCUUGACCCCCCUGAGACAGGCCUGUUCUUGGUGCGCGAGAGCACCAACUUCCCCGGCGACUACACUCUGUGUGUGAGCUGCGACGGGAAGGUGGAGCACUACCGCAUCAUCUACAAAAACGGAAAGCUCACUAUUGACGAAGAAGCCUAUUUCGAGAACCUCAUGCAGCUGGUUGAGCACUACACCAAAGAUGCAGACGGUUUGUGCACCAAGCUCAUAAAACCAAAGCUGGAGGAAGGAACUGUGGCCGCGCAGGAUGAAUUCUCCAGGAGUGGAUGGUCGAUGAACAGAAAAGACUUGAAGCUUCAUCAGGUUAUUGGGAAAGGAGAAUUUGGAGAUGUCAUGGUGGGAGACUACAGAGGGACAAAAGUAGCUGUGAAGUGCAUAAAAAACGAUGCUACGGCUCAGGCUUUUAUUGCAGAAGCCUCUGUCAUGACGCAACUACGGCACAAUAAUCUGGUACAGCUGCUUGGUGUGAUUGUAGAAGAGAAUGGGAGUCUUUUUAUAGUUACUGAAUAUAUGGCCAAGGGCUGUUUAGUAGACUACCUACGGUCCAGAGGUCGAACAGUCCUUGGUGGAGAAGCUCUCCUUAAUUUUGCUUUAGACGUCUGUGAAGCCAUGGCUUACCUGGAGGCCAACAACUUUGUGCACCGAGACCUAGCAGCCAGAAACGUUCUCGUGUCGGAGGACAACAUCGCCAAAGUCAGCGACUUUGGUUUGACCAAAGAGGCGUCGUCUACUCAGGACACGGCCAAGUUGCCUGUUAAAUGGACGGCACCAGAAGCCCUCAGAGAAAAGCAGAAAUUUUCCACUAAGUCAGACGUAUGGAGCUACGGUAUUUUACUUUGGGAGAUUUACUCUUUUGGCCGAGUCCCCUAUCCAAGAAUUCCAUUGAAAGAGGUUGUGCCGCGAGUGGAGAAGGGCUACAAAAUGGACUGUCCUGAUGGCUGUCCCGAAGUCGUGUAUAACAUCAUGAAGCAGUGCUGGAUCCUGGAUCCGGCAGCGCGGCCGAGCUUCCAGAUGCUGAAGGAAUGGCUACAACAUAUUAUUCAGAAAAAAUGAUCGCCCGCUGUCCGUUUUGACUCCUCAAAGCAAGGACUGCUACUCUGAUAAAACGUCAAAGCAUUUUCUUUGCAUUUCACUGUAAAGUACAACUGUCCACACUGCAAAAACGCAAAAUCUUACCAAGCAUUUUCGGUCUAGUUUCUACUAAAUACCUUAGCACAUGUGAAAUAAGACAAGCUAACUUAAAGGUAACUUAUUUAGCAGCUGGGUGUCAAACUCAAUUUGGUUUUGGUCCAAAUCAAGGCCAUGAAUGUUUUUAAAUGGCCGGUUGUGGCAGAAUCUAUUGCUAAAACCCAUUAACAAACUAUUAAAGUAUAUAAAUAAAUUCUUAAAAUUAAAUAAUAUUGAACAUCUUUUCAGUCCCUCCAGGAUUUUGUGAUUGUUUCUGGGAGUUUUUGCAAUAGAAAUCAAAGUGUUUGUGGUACUAAUUUAGAAAUAUUUGCACUUUCGUAUGACCGGAUAUGCAACUUUUUAUUACUAGUUAUUAUGGAUUAUAACUUGACAUCAUGUUAGAGUGAAGCAGCUGUUUCAUAGAAGUAAGAAACACCGCAAGUAAAAAGUCACUUGAAUCCAAAAAUGUUUUAUCAUUUUGGCCAAAAAUCAGCAAUAAAUGCGAAAAAGUGCAGCGAUUUGUUGAUUUUGUGUGAAUUUUUACAAUAAUACUCAGGAAAGUGGAGGGACUGCUUAGUAUAAUUUGGCAGUAAACAGAUUAGACUGAUAAAAUAAUAUUUAAGAGCACUGUUCUCUGGAUGGUUCUAUUAUGUGUCUCUCUAGAGUCACAUCAGAAGCUGCGGCUGGCUGGAUUUGGUCCCUGGGCCUUGAGUUUGACGCAUGUGAUGUAGAGGCUUCUUUGAAAUAAAUAAUCCUUAAUAUUGGUGAAAAAGUACCAGUUCCACUGGCAGAUUAUUUAACUUAUAAUGAGACAUUUUCCCAUGUUAUGAGUUAAUUUAUCUGCCAAUGGGACAAGUACAUCAAUGUUAAGGAAUUAAAACAAGCAUCUACAUCUUACUGAAAAGUUACUUUUAGUUUGUCUUAUUUCAAGUGUGCUAAGAUAUUAGCACUAGAAACUAGGCCGUGGUAAGACUUUGAUUUUUUUACAGUGCAAACAUUUGCUUCUUAUUGCCGUGCCUCUUCUCAGAUCGUUUCAAACUCAGCAGCUCUCAGCGGCUGAGCUGUUUGUGUCUUUCCACACUUUAUCUGGAGUAAAUAAAUAACUUUAAUAGCAUCAAGUCCUUCUUUUGAACAGUUGCCUUAACCUGUUUUCACGUUAUUUUCCAUUUUUAUCCCUCAUCAUAUUGGUGCCAACCUUUAACUUGUCAACAGACACGAAGAGGAAGUACACUCUUGAGUUGGAUUUUGCUUCUCAUUACUUGAUGUAUUAAUAUUAUAAUUUUUUAUGUCUCCAGGUACAGCUUAUUGUUUGAAUGUUGAAUUAUUUUUGUUUAAAGAGCUGAAAUGAAACGACAGCUUCUUUUGUCUGAUAAUGUUUAAUGCUUCUCAGUUUAUUUGUGAGUCAAAAAAAAGCAGCUCUAAAAAGACGUUUCUGUGCCAGUGUAAAAAAGUUCACUUCAAAAAUAUAAAUCUGACAGAAAAACAUGUUAUUGUGUGAAUAUUUGGGGGACUCAUACUAUUUGGAUUUUGAAUUGUAAUAAAUCUACCAUGCUGCCAUUUUCCACAAUAAAAAAAAACAGUUUUAAGAAAA